GCGUGCAGUCAAGAUCGUCGCGCCGGCGGAAGCGGUUCGCACGCCCGUAGCCGCCAUGCGGGGGGAUCAUCGCCGCAUCCGGGGACCGGAGGAGUCUCAACCACCGCAGCUGUACGCGGCCUGCGAAGACGAGGCGCCCGCCGCCCGCGACCCGAUGCGGCUACGGCCGGUGUACGCGCGCGCCGGGCUGCUGAGCCAGGCCAAGGGCUCAGCCUACCUGGAGGCGGGAGGGACCAAGGUGCUGUGCGCCGUGUCGGGUCCGCGCCAGGCGGAGGGCGGCGAGCGCGGCGGCGGCCCUGCGGGAGCGGGCGGCGAGGCCCCAGCUGCGCUGCGAGGCCGCCUGCUGUGCGACUUCCGCCGCGCGCCCUUCUCGGGUCGCCGGCGGCGGGCGCCUCCGGGCGGCGGUGAGGAGCGCGAGCUGGCGCUGGCCCUGCAGGAGGCCCUGGAGCCCGCCGUGCGCCUGGGCCGCUAUCCGCGCGCCCAGCUCGAGGUGUCGGCGCUGUUGCUGGAGGACGGCGGGUCGGCGCUGGCCGCCGCGCUCACGGCCGCCGCGCUCGCCCUGGCCGACGCCGGAGUGGAGAUGUACGACCUGGUGGUGGGCUGCGGCCUGAGCCUCACCCCGGAGCCCACGCCCACCUGGAUGCUGGACCCCACGCGGUUGGAGGAGGAGCACGCCGCCGCCGGCCUCACCGUGGCGCUCAUGCCCGUGCUCAAUCAGGUGGCCGGCGUGCUGGGCAGCGGGGAGGGCGCGCAGACUGACAGCUGGGCUGAUGCGGUGCGUCUGGGCCUCGAGGGAUGCCAGCGCCUCUACCCCGUGCUGCAGCAGUGCCUGGUGCGGGCUGCCCGCCGGAGGGGUGCCGCCGCCCCGCCCUGAAUCAGAAACCUAAGCCACCGUGAGGCCAACGACCGUGCCGUCGCCGAGAAGACCUACGUGCGCUGUGGGUCGCCCGGCUGCGCCCAACUAAGAAGCUGGAGCACUGAAGAAUGGGGAGCUACACACACAGAACCAUUGCACUGGGCAGCUGUUGAGUGGAGAAGCCUUCUGAAAGCAGCCUUAAUUCCAACUCGAAAGGACAAAAGCUGUAGUUACUUGGAGCUGUGGUCUUGGACAGACCCUGUUCAGGCCUGCCAUGGACUUCGAUAGAACUGGGCUACUUUUGAGCAUAUGGAUCAUAAGACUGUGCCUUUUCAUGACUCGAGAUAAAACAUAAAGCCCUUUAACAUCUGAAAAAGAAUAUGCCUGUUGUAAUUAUUCUUGGUAUUAGGUUUAAAAAGCAAAUCUGGGGCUGGAGAGAUGGCAUAGUGGUUAAGGUGCUUGCCUGCAAAGGCAAAGGACCCAGGUUCAGUUCCCCAGGACCCAUGUGAAGUCAGAUGCACAAGGUAGCGCAUGUGUCUGGA